AUGCUUAAUUUCCCUAUGAGGAGAGUUGAUGUGUCAAUGGUAUAUUUGUGUGCUAUGUUCUCAUUAAGUGCUGCACAGGUCAACGUUAUAAAACGUUACUUUGUUGCCACAAAUGAAAAAAGAAUUAUUCCAAGUUAUACCACAAUCAUAAAGCAAAGAGUGCUGUCACCAACAGCUUGUGCGUCUUUAUGCUCAAUACAUCAAGAAUGUUGCUCUGCUAGUUUUGAGGGGAAAUCAGACCAAUGUAGCCUUGAUACCUCUUGCUGCCCAGAAAGUGAGCCAUCAGAAGAUGCACUGAUGUUAAAGGAUUCAACAGAAUCAUCUCCAUGCCCAGAUGGAUGGGUAAGAUUCAACAACAGUUGUUACUUCUUUAGCGAUGAAAUAAAAACUUGGAACGAUGCUAAAAUUGCCUGCGAAGAAUACGGAGGAAUGCUUGCUGAAGUAACUUCAAGUAGUGAAAACGACUUUCUGAAGAGGACAUCAAUUAACUUUCAGUGGAUAGGCGGCACAGACAGCAACAAUGAAGAUGUAUGGGUAUGGGCAAGUAGUCAGACUGCGAUCAUCUUCAAUGAUUGGGCUCACCUACAACCAGAUGGAGGAACCGAAACUGAAAAUUGUCUUUCAUUUCAUAGGGUGUUUAAAUGGAAUGAUAUAUUUUGUUCAAGGGAAUAUCGUUUUGUCUGUGAAAAAAGUAAGUUGAUUGUUGCUAACAGUAUUAAACACAAAUCCAGUCAUUAG